CCCCCCUCCUCCUCUGUCACUGCCGACAUCAUCACUUAUAUGUUCAGUUCACGCUGAGCGAUUGAACCUCUCUACCCAAACUCAACCGGCGAGAGAAAUGGACUGCUUCGUGAUGACAAGCUGCCUGCUCUGCCUCCUCUUCACCUUCACCGCCCUCCGUUUCCUGGCAAGAAAACCCAACAAAACACCGGCCAAACUCCUCCCGCCGGGCCCCGCCCGGCUUCCAAUCAUCGGCAACCUCCACAACAUGGGCGACCAGCCCCACCGAUCGCUGGCCGAUCUAGCCAAGGUCCACGGUCCCUUGAUGAGCCUCAAGCUCGGCCAGCUCACCAUCGUCGCUUCCUCCCCUGCCAUGGCCAAAGAAAUCCUCCAAAAGCACGACCAAGUCCUCUCCAACCGCCACACCAUCCUCGCCGCGCAGGUCCACGACCACCACAUGUUCGGCUUCCCGUGGCUCCCCGUGCAGUCGAAAGAGUGGAGAAACCUCAGGAGAGUCUGCAACUCGUACAUCUUCGCCACCCAGAAGCUGGAUUCGAACCAGGAGCUGCGGAGGGAGAAGAUUGAAGAGCUCCUGCAAAGUGUUCGUCGAAAUGCGUGUGAGGGGAAAAAAGCGGUGGAUGUUGGGAGAGAGGCGUUCAAGGUUAGCUUGAAUGCUCUGUCGAGGACGAUUCUCUCGUUGGAUCUGGCCGACGUCGAGGGAUUGGAGACGGCCAGGGAGUUCAAGGAAAUUACGAGGGGGGUUAUGGACGAGGGAGGGAAGCCCAAUUUGGGGGAUUUUUACCCUGUUGUGGCGAAGCUGGAUUUGCAGGGGAUACAGAGGCGCUCGAGGGAUCACUUCGGCAAGGCCUUGGAUCUGUUUGGUUCGGUGAUUGAUGAACGGUUAAGGAAGCUGAAGUCGGGGAGCCAUGUCUCCGGUAACGACGUGCUCGACUCACUGCUGGCCAUUGGGGAUGAGAAUCCUGAGGCUUCCAUGAAUCCGCUUCGCAUCAAACACUUGUUCACGGAUCUCUUCAUGGCUGGGACCGAUACAACUUCAACCACACUAGAAUGGGCAAUGGCAGAGCUUCUCCGCAAUCCUACCACACUCACUAAAGCCAGGGAAGAGCUGGACUGUACGAUUGGAAAAGGCAGUCAUCUUCAAGAAUCAGACAUCCAUCGGUUGCCUUAUCUGCAAUCAAUAAUCAAAGAGACCCUCAGAUUACACCCAUCAGUUCCUUUUCUGGUUCCCCACAAGGCGGGAGCCGAUGUGAAAAUCAAUGGUUUCACGAUACCCAAAGGUGCACAAAUUCUAGUCAAUGCAUGGGCUAUAGGUCGGGAUUCGGCGACAUGGGACGAUCCAAAAUCCUUUAUCCCUGAAAGAUUUAUGGGUUCAGAGGUUGAUGUAAGAGGAAAGAACUUUAACCUGAUCCCAUUCGGUGCUGGAAGAAGGAUUUGUCCUGGAUUACCGUUGGCAAUGAGGAUGUUACAUAUGAUGUUGGGUUCGAUGGUGCUUUGGUUUGACUGGAAGCUAGCAGAUGGGGUUGAUCCAGAGUGGUUGGAUAUGGAGGAGAAAUUUGGGAUCACUUUACAGAAGGCCAAACCGUUACUAGCGGUUCCUACUCCAAGAUCAUGAGAGAUGAUUGUGUGAUUGAACAUUUUGAGAGCACUCUUUGCUUGAAAACUAUUGUUAUUGUGUUCAUUGGGUAUUUGUCAGGUUCAUGCAGAGAAAAAUCGUUGUUGAAUUUGGCUGUCCCUAGUUGCACACCCCUAGUUAGAAGUGGAAUGCCUAAUUUAGCAAGUCAUUAUAUUUUGUAAUUGCUAACUAAAAUGCUACCUAGAUGCCACCUCACUUUGGGCGGCCACAAGUGGCCAAUAAACCAUGGUAAAGGAAACCGGAUCGUACCGGCCGGUUGAACCGGUAAAACUGGAAACCGGCGCCUGGCCGAUACGGUAGCCGUUUUGUAGUAAAGGAGCCGUUCCGGG